UAAGUCAACAUUUCCAUAUGUAAAACAAUAAUUCAAUAACCAACUAAACAGGGUCUUGACUUCAAACUUGAAAGGUCAAUAAGCUUCAAUAUACCGAAAUAAUAAAAUAAAAUAAAAGUUUCAAAAACUUCAAUAACUCAUGUGGCUGAAAUAAUAAAAAUAAUAAAAUAGAAUUCUUUAAAAAACUCCAAAGUUAAAAUCAAUGAUCCCAUUUAGUAAAAUAGAAUAAAAGAAAAAUCUCAAAACUUCACUAUUUAAAACUCAACAUACUGAAAUGAUCUAAAAAAUAAAACAACAAAGAUAGGGUUGCUUUUGGAGAGGGGAGGUCUCAAAGCAUGAGGCUAGAAUAAUUAAUCUUAUAAAACCAAUGCUAAGAAACAAGUCUUAAAACAAUAAACUAAACAAUGAUUUAUAGUCAAAAUCACUAAAGAAGUUUAAAAAAUGAACUUAAAACUACUCUUGUGUUUAAAAGAAAAGUCAGCUAUCGUAUCCUCUGUAAGCCAAUAUGUCCUAGAGAAAAAUGUUCUAGUAUACACUGACUUAAAAGUACAUGCAUCGUAUUGUGACCAUGGGUGAUUUGUUCCUGUGUUGGCUCUCACACAGCCUUUCAGCCGUGAUCGUCCCUAAUAUAUCACCAUCUUUUUCUGGGCGUUUCCUUUGCGGGCUCUAGCAAGACAAUGUCACAAUGUUUCAACAUGCAAUAUCAGUCUUUUGAAUACUUUCCAUAAUGCAAUCUUUCAUUCAAUGCAAAAAACACUCAAAAAACAUUCUCAUACAGUUUUGAAACUCAUUUUCUUUAGAAGAAAAUAUUAUUGUAGAGGAUACGCAACUUGUACUUGCUAUCAAAAAUCUCCCAUUGUUCCUCUGUGCUCCUUCACGCCUGAUUAAACACUCACACACACUUUUUCUGUGAAUGUGGCCAACAGUUCCCUCACUUACACUCUCAAGUUUUACACAGAACACUACAGAGACACAGACAGAACAGAUAUCUAAUUUUACUCACACGCAGCUCUUCUGCGUGACAAAUACAUGUCCCUUCAAUAUGGACAAUAAAUAAACUAUCUUCUCAAAACAGACAGGUGCCCUCUCCAAGCAGGUCACUCAAUAACUUAACUGCCUUCUCCAAUAACAGGCAGGUGCCUUCUCCAAGCAGGCAGGCCUUCUCUUAGCAGGCCACUCAAUAUCAUCAAUUAUCAGCCUUCUCCAAGCAGGCUAUUCAAUAACUUAACUGCCUUCUCCAAUAACAGGCAGGUGCCUUCUCCAAGCAGGCAGUGUGCACUUCUUCUGAAAUAAAUGUCUAGACACUAUAACGUUAUCAUUCAUUCAUUCACAUUCAUUCCUUACUUUGAGACCCGGGACCCUCCUGCAAUUUUUGUAAAUUAAUUUGGUUUCUUUUCUGGAGAGACUUUUUAUAGACAUCAGUGCUAACCAAAACUCACCUCCGGCAAACUGCACAGAUAAUACUUUUUUAAUAAUUUAAUUAUAAAGCAAAAAUAUGCUCACCUUCUCUUGAUCUGUGCAGUAAGCCGGAUGCUCCGUCCCAGGCAGCCACCUGACGUCUUCCGUCUCUUUCCAAUCCGGGUCACGGCACCAAAAUAUGUUGUGGAAAAAUUUCAGUCUUGUAGUUCAAAAAAUCUCUCAGACAAAGAAGGUCCGGGUGUCAAGGAGUUAACUUUAUUUGCUCGAGCCAAACAAAGUGAGAUGUUCCAAGUCAUCUAAUAACCAAGUGUUUUCCAGUCUACAGUUAUAGUAAAACUUCUGAAAGGUGGUCUCUUCUAAAACCAAUCAGGUACUUUCUUGUUAUCUCUUAUUUUUAUUAACCAAUUGUUAAUUGUCUGCCACCAAUAAGUCCCAGGCAACAAGGUACGUAUCUAAUGGUGGUACACUGGCUAUUACAUCAUUUUUAAAAUAAUUUGCAUACAAUGGUUACCACACGAGACCACCAAACAAGCCAUGGUCUCCGUACGAGACCACCAAACACACCUUGGCGUACGUGCGUAAUCAUGGUUACUUUUAAACAGUGGAAAAUCCCCAGGUUUCAGAGAGAGCACAACAUGCUUCAAACUUUAGGCCUCUAAAAACAUCACUGGAUUUUACCUUGUUACAUUGUGCUCAAAUGUGCUUUAAACAUGCUUAAAGUGACGUUAAGUGCAUUUAUAUGAACAAUUAUUGGUUACAAGUACAGAUUGUAUCAUUAAAUCAUCAAUUCAUCAUUAUCAUAAACCUACUUGUAUGUAAUCAUUCUUAUUAAAUGUGAUUUCAGAUCAACCCAUCUGUAUACUAAUGUUCCUAUGAAUACUUCUUAAUACUUUUUAGGUAUUUUAUCAAGUGCAUUUAUAACUGUGGUGAAUAACAGUGCUCAAUACAUGUAAAAUAUAUCUAUAUGUGCUCAGAAAUUACACAAUAAUAGUUUAGUACCCGCACACCUCUCUCCCUGAGGGGAGCGAGGGCGGCUUCCACAACCUUCGUAAAGACCCGUGGGGACAGGGACAGACCGAAAGGGAGGACCCUGUACUGAUAUGCCCGCCCCUCGAAAGCGAACUGUAGGAACGUGCAAUGACGAGGGAGAAUCGAGACAUGAAAGUACGCGUCCUUCAGGUCAAUUGCCAUGAACCAAUCCUGACAUUUGAUAGACGCCAGGAUGCGCUUCUGCAUGAGCAUCCUGAACGGCAGCUUGUGUAGGUGCCUGUUCAGGGUAUGCAGAUCUAGAAUGGGGUUCAACCCCCCCGCCUUUCUUGGGCACGAUGAAGUACAGGCUGUAAAACCCGUUGAACAAUUUGGCUAGAGGGACGAGCUCGAUCGCUUCCUUCGCCAUAAGGGUGGCGACCUCGGCCCGAAGCGAACUGUGAGAGCAUCUUUUCUGUUAUUUUGAUCUGUUUUUUCAGUUUUCAUUUUUUGCAAAUAAAUACAAAUAGAAACAAUAUUUUUAUUUAAAAUGUGGGAGAAAUAUUGUUAGUAAUUCACAGAAUUAUUGUUUUACCUAAACACAUACCCAUAACUAGUAAAUUCAGAAAAACCGAUAAUUAUUUUGAAAUGUCUCAAUUUUUUUUGUGGCUGUAUUUAAGUAGCCAAAAUAAUAGUAUUUACUAUAGUUUAAAAUCUUGCAUGCAACCAUGAUUUACUGCCUGGCAAAAUCAUACCAAAAGAAACAGCAGCUUUAUUUAUGUUGAUCUUUUUUUAUUUAAUUUAGCUUAAAAAAUGUAUUAAAACAUAGAUCUGCUUAAAGCUGAAAUCGCUAAUGUUUUUUUAAAUAAACAAAAAUCUGCUAUUAAACAAGUACAUAUAGACGGUUUCUAAGCAACAACAUAAACAAUCAUUACUGCGCACGCGCGCGAUCAUGGACUGCCCUUAACUUGCGGGAAACAUUCAUUGUUUAUUUAAUCAAAUUAACACAACAAAAUUCUACAAAUGGUUUAUUUAAUGCUAUUAUUAUGCAAUAAAAUAAUAAUAUUAAUUAAUAUUAACAUAAAUUAAAUAAAAUAUAAAUAGUUAUGUUAUUAGACACAGACUGGAAGUUAACUGCAGUCCAGGCACAAAUGUCCGAUGAAACAGUCUAUAGUAAAAAAUCUGUCUGUCUCCUUGCUUUACCGAUUUGCAACGGUAACCGAGAUAGCAUAUUAUGGCAGAUUAGAAAUACAAUGUUUAUUACUAAACAAAAUUACACAAAGGUUUUAAACUGUAUUCGGACAUCAUCAAAUUUUUAUAACAGAUUGCAAAAAAUACAAACUUUAUAUAAAAUGUGUAAAAAUAUAUUUAUAAAGGACCUCCUUUCAGUGACCAUAUUCAUGGAAAAUUUACAACAACUAUCUACAAAAUAGACUUUGAACCUUCCAUCCAAGUUUUCGGAAGGACAGCGACGAUAUUAUUUUUUUUUCCCCAUGCUUGCUUAAAGAAAGGAGGAAUGGUGCUCUGGACGGUUCUACCAUCUGAAAGAGGUUUGCUGGAAUGAUCCGACAGGCACGUUUCAAAGGUACAAGGAGCUGAUUCGAAAGCCUGACAGCGGGAUACAGGAGCCUAAACUACUGGCACCAUUUUAUACUGGCUUGUAUGAAAUGAAGAGCAUGUUUAACUCUCUCAAUGUGGAGCUUAAUCCAUCUAUGAAGCAGUAUGUUGCCCUUUUGGAAGCUGUUUGUGAGUCAUCUCCUCUUGCUACAGUGGAUGUUGUCCAAGACGUUUCUGUCAUCUUUGCCAAACUAGCUGAUAAAUGUAAAAUGCGUGUUCAUGGAGAACAAGAUCAAGAUCCUCAACUGAACCCCAACUAUUGCUGCUCUCUCAAAGAAAUGAUUUCUCAUAAAAGAGUGUUCCCCACCAAGAGUAACGGCUGGGUGACGUUAGCACACAAGCCGAUGAUAGUGGACAGCCCGCACUUGGAGAAAAUCUUCAAAUCGCAUCGAGAGAUUUGCCUGCUCAACCUACCGUCUGCCAUGAAGAGAGCAGCCAAUAAAUCCAAACAUCAAGGUAAACUGCAUGAGAAGGAGGCGUUCAGCGAAGCAGACCGAGAGUUGUUCCUGGAGAUCUGCGGGGUGAAAAGACUCUCCCAGUGUGUGUCCACCGAUCCACUGACUGAGAUGUACAGGCCUUGCCCUUCUUUUCAGAACCUGGUGCGACAGAUCGUCCCUUACAUCCAGAGGUUCAUUUACCACCAUGGGGAUUUCGAGGACGUUUACAGUGAGCUGAAGGAGGCCGGGAUUGCUAAACAGAUUAACUCGCUGAGUUUUGGACAGGUGGGCAAGAUGUAUAUUCAUUAUCGGCUUGAGGUGUCCGAGGGGGACCCAGUCUUUGAGAGUGAAGAUAUAAUAUGUUUUCUAGACGAUAAAAAAGCGCUAUACAUCCACAAAGAUCAUCUCUCAGCCAAACUGGACAUCUGCAGAGAGCUGGUGAAAUUGUUCACCACAGAAAAGACUCUUGGAAAAGUGCUGGAAAGCUUUCUGCUGGGCCUUGUUCCCUGGAUAAAUGACCAAGCUGCUUUGAGAAGGUACCUGGACAGGGAGAACGCUCAAGAACUCCCUCCAGACGAGGAGCUGUGGGAGGUCCUGGCACCAAAGCAAGUGGAAGUCAAAAAAGAGAACAACGUGCCCGUGGCCCAUCCAUCCGGAGCAGUACAGGAGGAUGAAAUACAGACAGAUCAGAAUAAAGACUACAGGCUGGUGUGCUGGCCACCCAAAGCCUCUCUCAAUAAAACAGCCAGCCAGGCUGUCGAUGAUGUGAUGAAGAUGUGGCCACCUCCUGCUGCUCCUUCACCGGCUCCUGUGAUGGUGACAGGUCAUUCAGGUUUUAGAGUGGAGAGGAGCUCAUCCAUCAUGAACGUCCAUCAACCAACUGGAGAACCUCCAGUGCACGUAGAUCUAAGACCUCAAUACUUUCAGGGUCCCAGGACAAGUGAAAGCACCUCACACACAACAGAUAGGCCUGGUCGCACAGAGAUGAAGGAAGAGCCCACUGUGCAGGGCAUCAAGACUAAGGUUCAUCCUCAAACGGUGAAGUCAAACGCUGCUUCAGAUGAACCAGAAGAAACUCCCCACCACCACAAAACCAACCCAACACCUACAGCAGUCGAACAAGACACAGCAGAGACACCCGCACCACCUGGCCAUAAUACAACUCCAGUACCAGAGAUGGUAUCAAGCCAGUUCCAGGGUGGUGAAACCCUACAGCGACCACUUGUGUCUCUAGAUAAUGUGGUGUGGACCAAACCCAUGGCUCCAGAGGCCAUCCUAGAGGAUUUGGAACUGGACUGCACCCUGCCCCAAACUUUUUUGAUCUCCAAAGAUUUUGACGGCACAGCCUGUAUUGGACAGUGGGGAGAGCAGCUGGUUUUCUCCUUCCUCACUCACUGGAAAGAGAACGGAGGUGAUUAUGGGCCCAUUGAAAUCACCUGGUUCAAUGAGAAAGGAGAGAGUGGCCAGCCAUGUGACUUCAAGCUCACUUUUGCAAAUAAGGGGCCAAGAGCUGACACCACUAGGGAGAUCUAUGUGGAGGUCAAGACAACAGUAAAGAGAGAGAGACACUUUAUUCACCUGUCUGCCAAUGAGCUGGAUUUUGCACUGAAGGAGAAAGAGAGGUAUCACUUAUAUAGAGUUUAUGGCGCUGGAGAUGCACAGAAUGUUCGUCUGUGUCGUAUUAAAAACCUCGCCCAGCACCUGCAUUCUAAGACAUUAAAACUAUUCUUAUUUGUGUAGCCUGUAUUUCAAAUAUUAUUUUACACUGAUUAUUAUUCCCGCAGAAUGUUAAAUGUUUAGUGUUUUAUAGGUGUUUUUAACUAUCAUAUCAGUAAUAUCUUUACUGAUAUGAUAUUGCACAAUUUUACUGGCCAGUUUCUCUUCACUUGCUGAUUUUACUAGUAAUUGUUAUGGGAAUGUAACUUUUACUUUUUGAAUUGUAAUUUACAAGUUCGUUAAAUAAAUAAAGACUUUUAGA